AUGACUUCCAAGCUGGCUGUUGCUCUUCUGGCAACCAUCCUGCUCUCUGCAUCUCUGCACGCAGCUUCAUUUCUCUUUUAUGUAGAAUGCCAGUGCAUUGGUACGCACUCUGAACCUUUCCACCCCAAAUAUAUCAAGGAAAUGAAAAUUAUUUGGACUAGACCACAGUGUGAUCAUAUGGAAAUCAUUGCAAAGUUGGAAAAUGGAUUAAAGAUCUGCCUGAACCCUGAGGCAAAAUGGGUGCAAAAGGUUGUAAGUGUAUUUUUAGAGAAGUAA